GGUAGAAAAAGAAAAGCUUCUGCAUAUAAGUCAGGCAAUAAUGCGGGCACCAAGGAAGGGGUCUUUCAGUCGAAUGUGCGCUUGUUUAGAUUGCGUCACGAACACGUGAGUACAGAAGGAGCUGAGAAGCGCAGUUCAAUCAAAACGCAACGCAGGUUUAUAUCCAGAGUUAUAUGCGUGUCCAACAUGGGCAGGAAAAACAGAAACAGACAAAGAGCUCAGCAGGACAGAGAUGGAAGACCAGAGGGGAAAAGAAACAGAGAUGAUGCUGGCUGGGGAGCUGGAUACUCUGAGAUCAUCAAGGAAAACAAACUCUUUGAGCAUUACUACACGGAGCUGAAGAUUGUUCCCGAGGGAGAGUUUGAGGAGUUCAUGGAGGCCAUGAGGGAGCCACUGCCAGCUACAAUACGCAUCACUGGAUACAAGAGUCAUGCCAAAGAAAUCCUUCAUACUCUUAAAGAGAAAUACUUCAAAGAGGUUCAAGAUCUUGAGGUGGAUGGGCAGAAGAUCGAGGCUCCUCAGCCCUUAAGUUGGUAUCCUGAUGAACUUGCAUGGCACACUAACCUGAGCAGAAAGAUUCUGCGCAAAUCUCCACUCCUGGAGAAAUUCCACCAGUUCUUGGUCAGCGAAACUGAAUCGGGGAAUAUUAGCAGACAGGAAGCAGUCAGUAUGAUUCCUCCUCUUCUACUGAAAAUUGAGCCUCAACAUAAGAUUCUGGACAUGUGUGCAGCUCCAGGAUCGAAGACUGCUCAACUAAUAGAGAUGCUUCACUCUGACAUGGAUGUGCCUUUCCCUGAGGGUUUUGUAAUUGCCAAUGAUGUGGAUAACAAGCGCUGUUACCUGCUGGUCCACCAGGCCAAGAGAUUGAACAGUCCGUGUAUUAUGGUGGUCAACCAUGACGCCUCUAGCAUUCCACGUCUGCACUUAGAACAGGACGGGAAGAAGGACGUCCUGUUUUAUGACCGGAUCCUGUGUGAUGUACCCUGCAGUGGAGAUGGAACGAUGAGGAAAAACAUUGAUGUGUGGAAAAAAUGGACAACCAGCAACAGCCUCCAUCUCCACGGGCUGCAGACCAGGAUCGCAGUGCGUGGAGUGGAGCAGCUGGCAGUAGGGGGCAGGAUGGUGUACUCCACCUGCUCUCUGAACCCCAUCGAGGAUGAAGCCGUCAUCGCUGCUCUGCUGGAGAAGAGUGAAGGUGCUUUAGAGUUAGCAGAUGCCUCUGCAGAUCUCCCAGGACUCAAAUAUAUGCCUGGAAUUACAUCUUGGAAGGUAAUGACCAAAGAGGGUCAGUGGUUCUCUGACUGGUCAGAGGUGCCAACAAGUCGACACACUCAGAUCAGACCCACCAUGUUUCCACCAACAGACCCAGAAAAGCUGGCCAAUAUGAAGCUGGAGAGAUGUAUGAGAAUAUUGCCCCAUCACCAGAACACCGGUGGGUUUUUUGUGGCUGUGUUGGUGAAGAAGGCGCCCAUGCCAUGGAACCGCCGUUACCCAAAGCUUCGUAAUAAGGAGGUGAACUCCUCCAGUGAGGCGGCUCCUGCAGAGGAGCUGCAGAUGGGGGGGUCUCCCGCUGUCGUCCCACCAGCAGACGGUUCAUCCGCUGGCGCCCCUAUGGAAGCAGUGGAGGGCGAGACUCCUGCAGAGGGAAACCCGUCUGUCCCAGAUACCCCUGACCCUUCAGAGGUCAAGAAAGAUAAUGUCUGUGGCCCCCCUCCUCCAAAGAAGAUGAAACUCUUUGGCUUCAAAGAGGAUCCUUUUGUGUUUCUGACAGAGGAUGACCCCAUCUUCCCUCCCAUCCAAGCUUUCUACAACCUGUCUCCAGAUUUCCCCAAGCUGAACGUAUUGACUCGCACCCAUGAAGGAAAGAAGAGGCACCUGUACAUGGUGUCCAAAGAGCUCCGAAAUGUUCUGCUCAACAACAGCGAGAGAAUGAAGGUUAUAAACACGGGCGUGAAGGUCUGGUCCAGAAAUACUGAUGGAGAACAGUUUGGUUGUGCUUUCAGACUGGCUCAGGAGGUGGGUCAUAUGUUGUUCUCUCUUUCUCCAGAAAUGGGCAGCAUUGUUUUACGAUACCUACCAGAUCCACAGGAUCUUGAUGCUCCUCAGUGCCCUAUAGAUUUGUGCGGCUGGAGAGGAAAAACUUCCAUCAGGGCUUUUGUCCCACGUAAUGAGCGUCUUCAUUACCUCCGCAUGGUGGGGGUGGAAGUCUUCCGUGACAAACAGGGCAAGAGGAAAGAUGGUUCAACAGAAACCCAGGAAGGAAGCACAAAAGAUGCCGCGGGACUGAGCCAAGAGGCGGAUCUCUUAGAACAGGAAGGUGAAGAAACGGAGCAAACCGGUUCAGAGUCCAACACUAAUGACACCGAACCUGUUAGCAGCUCUUGUGAUGGGCCUACAAGUUAGUUAUCUAAGCAGUUAGUAUGGGUCAGGAGAAAAAUGAAAGGCUCCACUAGGUCUUUUGUGUUUUUUUUUCUUGUUUUUUUCCCCAGACUGCACACUUGUACAUGAGCAUCUGGUUGGCUAACCUCUGAAGAACUGAUCUGGAAAAAAAUUGAUUUUUAUUUUAUCAGAACUUUUUAAAAUAUUGAUUAAAAGCAUUUGCUGUUGGAUAUGUUUUUAUAGUUUGUUUUAUGUUGUUCAAGGGACAGAUUUAAUGAAGUCACAUUUGUUACUCAUUUUGCAUUAAUAGUGUCUAAGGGCUGCACACUAGCUCAGUCUUAAAAUGCAUUUCAUUUUCUCAGAUGCUUGUACAUGAUUUACACAUUGUACAUUAUGCCAAUUUGUUCAUUGUUACAAUACUUGAAAUAAACUGCAUUUGUCAAUA